UGUAAAUGAUAAAAAAUAAUUCGUAAAGCUAUUCCUCUUUAAGAAAAAAGUCAGCCAUAUCCACAUCAGAAACAUCAAAAGGAAAGCAAUAACCUAUGAUGAGUAAAACAAGGGCAAAAUCCAUCACUUCCACAAUAAUUAAGUUAUUAUUGAUAUAGAUUUUGUAGGAAGCCUAUCACUAUAAUAAAACCACCUGCAAUAGAUUUAAAUAAGAUAAAAGUAAAUACCUUAACAUUUCCAAAUAGAAAUUCUCACAAUAAUUCAUCAGAUCAGACAAAUUCUAGAAGUUAAAAUAGUGAUAUAGAAUAAUAAACUGGUGUUGUCAUUAAAUAAAAUAAUUAAGAUUAGUUAUAAAUUUUGAAGCGAUAAAAAUAAUUACUUGAAUAUAGAUUAAUGCAAGAGACAGAAUCUUGUUAAUAAUAUUAAUAAAAUUAUCAUUUUUUGCAAGAAAGACUAUAAUAGUUGGAACUUGCAAAAAAUAACUAUAUAAAUGAAAUGAAUUCGUUUACUAAAUGUUUAAAAGUAAUUUUAAAUAAGGAUGAAUGA